AUGGCAGUCUUCGAUCGCAUCGGGGCGGAGGUGACCUUUGUGUACAGCCGCACCUUCAUCGACGAGGCGCCGAUGGUGGUGGAAUCUGGCGUUCAUCGUCGAAGCGUCAGCCAGCCACCUCCUAUGGCGCGUCUCGAGACAGCCUGCGAGGCAAUGACCGAAGAGGAAACUCUACGACGCUACGUGCAGUCCCUGGGUACUUUCAGAAUGCACAGCCUCGCCAAUAGUGGAAGCGAGACAGUCGUUGCUGCUCACAGAGAAAUGGCUCUUGCGGACGCAAGCUGUGGGAGCCGGGGGCACCCGGACCUUUGUAAGCGCCCAUGCAUCUACUUCGUGGCCGGCAAGUGCACGACCGGGGCGCAAUGCAACUACUGCCACAUGCCACAUGCAGAUCGCCCAGCGAAGCUGGACAAGCAGCAGCGCCAGAAGUUCAACAUGAUGGGCAUGCGGGAAGCUCUUCUGAUGCUCCAUCGGAUCUUGACGUCGAACGCGAGCAUGAAUGGCUUCCUCAGCCUCGCGAAGGAGAGCCUGGACCUGGUCGCAGAGGAGGCCCUGAAGCAUGCCACUGGUGAGGAGACGACCUCCGAAUCCGCACAGCGACGUCUUGAGCGAGUCCUGGUCCGCAUGCCUUUCCACCAGCUUGCCCUUCUCUGUGUCUCAAAGGCAAAUCGCAGCGGGUUUGGUGAACUCAUGGUGACGUGCGUCGAGAAGCUCACCGAUGAUCUUGAAGCGAGGCGGGAAAUCGAUCCCAAAGCCUGA